AUGCUUCGCUAUAAUGCAACUGACAGCUCAGAAAUGCUAGAUUAUCACGGAAAUUUCAAUAAGAAAGUACCUUAUGCAAAAUCAGAACUUCGCUUUACUGAAAUAUUGGAAGACCCCUCUCUGUGUAAUAAUAUGCUUCAAUACAGACUUCAUAAUGAAAGAAAAGAUAGCACGAGAUUUCAGAAAUCUCGGCCACAGACUUUUGAAACACUGAAGCAGCUAGUUGAUCGUGGUGUUGAUGUCAAGUUGGAUAUACCACAAUCGUUAUGGGAUUCUCCAUCACUUGAAAUUUCAAUGCUCAAAGAAAGGUGUGAAAAGCUCGUUUCCGAAUAUGGUGAAGAGAUUGAAAGAUGGUUUUUCGAACAUCAGGAUGGUACAAGUCUUCUUGAUUUUCUUUGUCGUAAUCUGGUAUUGAAAGAUCUACCCUCUGAAUGCCUCGAUGAAUCCAUGCCUUCAGAAUAUGCUUCUUCGACUGAGAGUUCUGAUAAAAAUAUUAAAAAUGAACUCUAA